CAUCGUGUUGGAGUUGGAGCUAAUAAAGGUUGAACAAGAGUUACUUUUACUGAAAUUACUGCAAUGCAGAAAAGAGAGAAGACAUCGGAGGAGAUGGCGUGUACGACCAUUGAACGGAUUGAGGCAGACGGAGAGUGAAUUUUCUGCGCUUGUCCGGCUACUAAGAGAGAUGGACGAGGAAAGGCAUUUCAAAUAUUUUCAGAUGUCGGCAGCUAUGGUUCAAUUACACAUCAAACAUGGUAGUGAAAGCCAAUUUUUGCUUGACACCACAGUAGAUGUUACAGUGGAGGAUCUAACCAAGCAAGUAUCAGCCAUUUACAAUGGCAGACUCAAAGUAGACAGGAUUUGUUCGGAAAUAAGUGAAUUGGCAGAGCAUGGUACCUUCCUUCCUAUUAAUAUGCAAGGACUAACAGAUGAGCAGAUAGAAGAACUCAAACUGAAGGAUGAGUGGGCAGAGAAAUGUAUACCCAGUGGAGGUUCUGAAUUUAAAAAAGAUGAAAUUGGACGGAGAAAUGGACAAGCUCCAAAUCAGUCAAUGAAAGCAGUUUUAACAAAAACUAAAGAAGAGGCAAAAGCACUAAUUUCAAAGAAACAAAUUCAGGCCAACGUAUGUGUAACAAUGGAGAUGGUUAACGAAGCACUUGACCAACUGCGAGGAGCUGUUAUGAUAGUUUACCCCAUGGGACUUCCACCACAUGAUCCAAUCCGACAAGAAUUUGAAGGGAAAGAAGAUCUGUCCGGAUUACAGGCUGGGAAAAUGGUGAUUGAAGAUUCUGAGGCUCGUCUGUGGUGGGCAGGAAAAGAGUUGCAAAGAGGAAAGAAACUAUCUGAUUAUCUUGGCAAGAAUGAGAAAACCAAAAUUGUUGUAAAGAUACAAAAGCAAAGUCAUGGUGCUCCAGCCAGAGAACCAAUUAUCACAGAAGACGAACAGAAGCAAAUGAUGAUGUAUUACUACAGGAGACAAGAAGAACUCAAGAAACUUGAUGAAAAUGAUGAUGAAUCCUAUCUUGAUUCAGCUUGGGCAGAUAGGCAUGCUCUGAAAAGGCAGUUUCAGGGUGUAAGCAACAUCAGAUGGGGUCCUGGAAAAUAACAGUGAUCAUCUCACCUGGCAGACUUUGCUGCUUUGCUAUCACAAACAAUGGGGAUGCCAUGAUGUUCCCAUCUCAACUUUUUGCAAUUUAGCUAAUGAAAUAAUCUGUCAUUCUCUAAGCCUCUUUUACAUUUUGAACAAAUGGAAAGUUCUAGAUUUCAAAAUAUUGUUAAUGAUAAAUUUGUUUGGUAGAAACUUUUCUUUAGCUCUAUUUUAUACAUGUUGAAAUUCAGGAACACUUGUAUUUAUGUUAAAUAAAUAUUUAUUUUCCAGUUUAUAUUUUGCUGUACAUUCUUCAGGAUUCAUGCACAGAUUAAAAAUUUUAAGGAUUCUACAAUAUCUUAGAAAAAGCCACUGGCUCAAAUUUAACUUUGCAAGCAAUGCUGAGGCUAUCAGUGCUCAGUGUUAUGAAGCAAGUUGAAGAGCAACUUCUGUAUAUGCCUGUGCAUGUUUAGACACUGCUUGCUUGGUCUCUAAUUGUACUUCAUUCUCUUUAAUGCUGACCACUACUCGACUUCAACCCUUCAGUAUCUCUUAUACUUGAGUGCACGCAUGUUGCAAAGUGGGAAUCAAGUGCCCAUAUUCUGUAUUUCAGUUAUUGCAUUUUUUUUUAUUUCCCUCUAAUUUAUCUCUCUCCAUUUACACCACCUCCAGACAAAUUAACACACCUUCACAACCACCUCUCAGCUGGCACAAACACUUUGUCAGCUUCUCAAUCUCCACCCUAUCAGAUGCAUUCUCCAUUGUCCCUCCCCUCCCCUCCCCUCCCUCUAUGUUUUAAGAUGUGCUUCUUUUUUCCCUAAAUUAUCUCAAAACAAAAACUCACUCCUGCACAUGCUACAUAACCUGCUAUAUAUUCUCAAUUUGAUUUAAGUGCCUAACUUAUCUGGUUUUGAGAUGUUUUGCAUUGUUACUGCAACUUUAUUUAAAUGUUUACUUCUCACAUUCAGAAACAAAAAAGCCUUUGAUUGAUAAAAGCAUUUGCAGCAUUAAAAAUGAUUAAGAAUAUUGGCAAAGAAUUCUGGAGUGGUUGGGGAAUGCAUCACAAUUUGAUAUUCAAAGCCUGUCUGUGGUAAGGAGGCUGUACCACCUUGCUGGAUGCCUGCCUGUUGGAUACAGAGGUCAGUUGUCCAACACUGCUCAUCAUGGGUCAUGAAGCCAGGCAGUGUCCAGUUAGGUAGAAAUGUUUAUUAAAACUUAUGCAUACGAGUGAUUUUUUAAAAAAUUUUGGGCAAGCAUAAUUACUACCAAGCAAUCCUCUUGCCCUGGUAAUGUGUAAAUAUAUAAUCUGGAGAUUUUAAACAGUUUUUACCAUUUCCAAUCUAUCUAUUAAAUGUGUUUUCCUAUUUUAUUUCAUCAAUCACUUUCUAAACAUUAUUUACAACUUAAGUUCUGUUUUGGUCUUGAUUUGCUCAUUAGAGGAUUCUUUUGCAGGUGGUUGGGCUUAUUUUCUCUUUAGCACAGAGGCAUUCUAGUGAUUCAAGUUCCUGAUAAUCAACAAGUUUCUACUUAUAUAAAAAAAAUUCCACAAAUGCCAGGGCUGACUGUCUACAUACUGAAUACUGACUGUGCAACAUCAAUAUUACUGGAUUUGGAUUCCCUCCCCCCCCCCAAAAAAAAUAAACACAAUUGUCAUACAGGACAAUCACAUGGUUUAUGGGGAAA